CUCAUAUGCACAUCAGAAACGACUCACUCAUGUGCUCAUUAAUAUUCUAAAGUGCAUGUGAUUCCAAGGAUAUGUCUCUGAAAGGGAAUAGCAUUGGAAUAUCCAAUGGAUUUAAGACACUGGCUGUUUCAGAUGGAGAACUGAAUGUGCUGGAGAUCGAUGAGUGUGCAGCUACACAACACUCCAGCAGUAACUCCAGUCUGCCCACUGUACCUAGUGACGGGGCCAGAGGGGUGGGUCAGGUGGCCAGCUGGGCCGUUAGCUUUGAGAGACUGCUGGAAGACCCCACAGGCGUACACUAUUUCACAGCAUUUCUGAAAUCUGAGGUCAGUGCUGAGAACAUCUUAUUUUGGCUGGCGUGUGAAAAGUUUCGCAAGAUACCUGCCAAUCAAACUGAACAGAUGAGGAGAGAAGCUCUCUCAAUUUACAACAGCUUCCUGUCCAGCAGCGCGACCAGUCCUAUUAAUAUAGAUGACAGGGUACGAGUGGAGGAGAAAGACGUACAAAACCCCCAUUCUGACAUCUUUCAAAAGGCCCAACAACAGAUCUUCAAGCUGAUGAAGUUUGAUAGCUAUACACGCUUUGUACGCUCACAGCUCUAUCAGAGGUGCAUGCUGGCUAAUGUGGAGGGCAGGCCUCUGCCAGGGCUGGACUCUCGUGGCAAACCCCUCACAUCAACAAAACACACUUCACCCAGAGAGCAAGCCAAGACUGACAACAGAACUAAGGAGAGAUUGAAGUUUAAAUCAGGAACAGCAGAGGCUGAUGAUGUGGUGGAGAGAAGGAAGGUGAAUCUGCAAGGCAUGAUUGGAAAGGACAAGCGGAAAGAGAAGAGAGAAUCCUGGGGAGAUUCUCCAAACAAUUUCAAGUGUGGAUUGAAGAGUUCAGAGGUUGAGAAAUUAGUUGCACGCUCUGCAGAAGCAAGGGCCGAUAAGUACUGCUGUGUUUUCCUGCCUGAUGGCACGGCCUCUCUGACUCCGGCCCGACCUGGUCAAACUGUUCGCAGCAUGCUCACCGGCUUGUGUGAGAAAAGAGGCCUUCCUCUGACAGAUAUCAUCAUCUACCUGCAGGGCAAAGACAAGCAACCAUUGUCUUUGGAUCAGGACAGCUCUGUGCUGAAAGACCAGCAGGUGUAUUUAGAACUGAGGGUUACUUUUGCAGUGAAGGUAGCAUUCACAGGUAAGACGGUGGCUGUUGUGGUGAAGUCCAAUAAGACCCUGCAGGAUGCACUCACCACAAUGCUUAACAAAUAUCGCCUCAGACCACAGGACACCACUGUCACCAUGAGUGGAAGUGGAAAGAUCAUAAAUAUGAACACAGCUGUCACCUGUCUGGCCAAUAAGACACUAAUUCUUGAUAGAGGUGUUGAUCAGGCCAGCAGCUCAAAUGGCACCUUCUCACCUCCUUCAUUACAAGAUCGAAGAGGUGCAGUGGAUGCAAACAUGUUCCCUCCAGGAAUUUCCAGAUCAACUGCCAGACAGAGGAACACUGAAUUGAGGAGAACAUAUAACAUGGAGGGUUUGGUAGAGUUGUUAAACCGAGCUCAGUGUUGCAGUGCUGAUGAUCAGAGAGGUCUCCUGAAGAAAGAACAUUUGAUGCUACCUCAGUUUCUCCAGUUGCCUCUGGAUGAAGUGGAGGAAACAGAGACAAGCAGAUCACUGGAGUCCUGCUCUAGCAUGGGGUCUCUCGAAGGAACUGAUAGUGUUGACUACAUUGCCUAGUGAAACAGCUGAUUUACCAUCUUGAGGGAUCAGAGCUGAGACAUGGAGAGGACAGAGAAUAAAGUAUCCGCAAUCUCUCCACAAAAACAGACAUUCAGAAAUAGGUCCAAGUCCACAGAUGAGGUACAGCAAGCCAAAAAGGCCUUUCACACACCACAGAAGUCUCUCCCGACUAAACCAGAGACUGAGAAACUAAAGGAGACCUCAGAACUGAGUGCCUCAUUGGAGGAGAUCAAAUGAUUGCAGGAUUCCAACUUUUGGGGUUUUGAGACAAGGAAUUGUUCUGUGUGUUUGUUUAUUCCAUUGCGACUUACUUUUACUCAGUUUAGUUGGCAGAAUCACAGGUGUUUUGAAGGAAAAUCACGACCAUAAUCACGUGCUGCUGCUUUCAUUUGUAUGAGUCUGUUAAUAUUUAUACAGAUCACAGUGAAUUGUGUCUGUUGAUGUUUUGAGCCAAUGUUUAGUUUAGUGUUGAUAUGUGUAGCCAAAUUCGUAGUAAGUCAUUUGUGAUGGCUAUUGAGUCACAACUCAACUUUAGAUACCUUUGUGACCCUAGACAGUAAAGUAGGAAGCUGUAGAAGAUGAGGGCAGUUUCCUUAUUCCUCUGUAAUAUUUUUUUCUCCUGUUUUUGUAAUAAGUUAAGGAGUUAGGGAAGUUUCUUUGUAUUUUGGUUUAUUUUUAUUUUCUUGCUUGUGAAAAUGUAUUUUCUUCCAGAGAGUUGGAUUGUCUUUUGUUUGUUAUUUUAGCCAAUACUCAUCCCUGUAAUUGUUUUGCUUCUUUCUUUUGCUGUUCAAU